GGUCCUGGUAAAGACAUUGGAUAUCUUUAUCAGGUGAUUUCAGUAGAUAGACUAUGGAUCAGUAAAUGUCUAGGUGUUGCCACCACAACAGCCAUUGGCAUAACAGUCAACCUUCAAAUGUUUGAGCACCCCUGAAAGACAGUUGGUGCCACCUGAUCACAAUAUCGAAUUUCUUGCUCAUGACUGUACAUAUUAGCUUAAUGCUAAGUAGUGAAAAUGAGCUGCUUAUUGGUCAUUUAUGGAGCUGAGAAAUGUGACUGUCUGCUUUUGAAAUCUAGUGAAAUUAUAGUUCUUAAUUCUGUGCUUCUUGUACAACCGGUUAAAAACACAGUUGGCUUUUUGAGAAAUGGUCCUUGCUGUUGGUCAAGCAGGACGGCUUUAUUAGGGAGGAGAAAUGAUUGAGGUUCUGUUGAUGUUCUGUAGAACUUCUGUUAAACUUUCAGCAUUGUUUCAAUAACAGUUGAGGGUGCAAAGGUGAUUAAGAAUUAUUGGGUUAGAACGUUGACCCGGUGAAGUGAAUGUUAGAGCUUUAGUUUAGUUGGGGUUCAGUGACCGUUUGCUAUCUGGGAAGUUUAAUGAACAGUGUUUACCCUGAACUCCUCCCAGACUGAGGACCUAUAACCUCCUCUGUAGCUGUGAGAGCAAACUCUCUGAAGAGAAGAGCAAAUGUUCUCCUCUCUCUGAAGACUGGACCAUUAAGUGAACGUUCUUCUCUGGUUCUCUCUGAAGAUGAUGCUGUUCAUUUCAGUGCUGAUGCUCCUCACUCUGAGAGCUGUGGGUGAAGUGGUGAAGGACUUUAAAGACCAUGAUUGUAAAGAGUUCUUUCUGGAUGAGGAGCCACCAGAGUUUCAGACUAAUGGAAUAGCCUCGCAGGUUCCGGAGGAGGGUCGCUAUGUGCGGAUCUGUCAGAGAUACAAAAAUAAGUAUCAUUAUGCGACUCUGUAUGACACCACUGAGAAGAUUCCCGUAUAUUCUGCAUAUCGGUAUGAACGGACAAUCGAGUGUAAAGUGAAAAGACCUAAUAUACCAUGGAAGAUCGAACCUCAGCUCGAGGACAACAAUAAUGGUAAGGACAUGGCCUCGGAAAAGAACGUAUGGAAAAACGACAGACAGGCAUACGACUCUAAUUACGUAGGCACAGAUUAUAACAAAGGUCAUCUUUUUCCUGUGUGCCAAAGUAGCUCUGACGACUCUGCCAUCAGCACCUUCACCCUCACCAACGCUGCACCUCAGGGAUGUUCCUUCAACAAGAAGUGGUUUCACAAAGUGGAAAACGACGUGAGAAAAUCCUUACAAAAAUGCGUGAACGAGAGAAGAAUACCAUACGUAGUCACAGGAGUUGUGCCGAGUGAUGGAACGAAGAUGGCCAACAGGGUGAACGUUCCGGUCUAUUUCUGGACGGCCUAUCGCUGCUGUGGUUCUAAUCAAUGUCAGUUCGGUGGCUACAUUAUGAAUGAAAAGGCUGAUGUAACUCGAGAUUUUACGGACAUGACUAGCUUUGAUGAGCGACUGAGUGAAUACUACAAAAGACCAUUCACAGUGUUUAAAAGUGCAGGUUUAACCGGAAAAAAGCGGAAAUUUGACGAACGCGUAUGAAUUCCUGGACGGUUUGGGGUUUAAUGAGUUCCCUGGGAAUGAUGAGGUUCUGUCUGACAUUUCUGUCCAUUUUGAGUUUUUCACUCUUUUUGUGACGUCAUGUGAGGUGGUUUUUACGUUGUGUUCAUUUUUAGAAAAUAAAACGUUUCUAUUCUAAACCCAAACCUCAUGCGGCGUUUAGGCUGACCAGCUCCACUGACCUGCUGGGACAGUUCAUUACUGCAGCUGUUUCUGACUGAAGGAAACUGAGACUAACGCUACCUAAAGCUGACCUGAUGUCUAGCCCUGACCGUUACACUUAACCUGCCAAUCAAAGCUUUUUUGAAUAACGAAAACAUGACUUGUUCUAAAAUGAGAAACCUGUCAUAAUAAAUAUAUAAAUAAUUGGUAACACUUUGCUGCAGGGUGCUGUUCAUUGGGCUACAUAACACCUGCCUAAAGUUGUCAUAACAACUGACAUAACCCUACAUGACUGUUCAUAAAUGCUUGUUACAACAGACGUGAACUGUGAUAAAGGCUACUUUAGCUGAUGUUGAUCAAAAUUUAACCUUCAUAGCGAGUUAUGCAUGUUGGAAUAAGCAUUAAUAAAUAGUUCUGUAGGGUUCUGUCAGUUGUCAUGACAAGCUUGUGUAGGUGUCAUGUAGCCUUAUGAACAGCACCCUACAGUAAAGUGUUACCAAGUAAUGAAGUAAAUGUCAUCAUGACAUCAUAGGAAGGAUUAGAUUUAACUGAUGACGUAAACACUGUUAUAAUAACUCUAAACAGAUUACGAGUAUAAACCAUGUCUCUAAUUAAGUUGGCAUUAAUCGUGAUAUAGCAUUGAUCCUUGUGGUAUAAGCGAAGCUGCUCACAGCUUGAUAACAGUGAAAUGGUGAGAUGUUGCUCUCUGGCUGUUUAACAUGUAUUUACCGUCUGUGUGAAACACAUCACUGAUCAUAAACAUUAGCGCUGCAGGGAACUGGUCUGUGAGUCUCUGAUCAGACACGUUCACUCAGACUCCGGUCUGUAAGUCUCUGAUCAGACUCGUUCACUUGGACUCCGGUCUGUGAGUCUCUGAUCAGACACGUUCACUCGGACUCCGGUCUGUGAGUCUCUGAUCAGACACGUUCACUCGGACUCCGGUCUGUGAGUCUCUGAUCAGACACGUUCACUCGGACUCCGGUCUGUGAGUCUCUGAUCAGACUCAGACUCCGGUCUGUGAGUCUCUGAUCAGACACAUUCACUCAGACUCCGGUCUGUGAGUCUCUGAUCAGACACAUUCACUCAGACUCCGGUCUGUGAGUCUCUGAUCAGACACGUUCACUCAGACUCCGGUCUGUGAGUCUCUGAUCAGACACGUUCACUCAGACUCCGGUCUGUGAGUCUCUGAUCAGACACGUUCACUCAGACUCCGGUCUGUGAGUCUCUGAUCAGACACGUUCACUCAGACUCCGGUCUGUGAGUCUCUGAUCAGACACGUUCACUCAGACUCCAGUCUGUGAAUCUCUGAUCAGACACGUUCACUCAGACUCCGGUCUGUGAGUCUCUGAUCAGACUCAGACUCCGGUCUGUGAGUCUCUGAUCAGACUCAGACUCUGGUCUGUGAGUCUCUGAUCAGACACGUUCACUCAGACUCCGGUCUGUGAGUCUCUGAUCAGACAUGUUCACUCAGACUCCGGUCUGUGAGUCUCUGAUCAGACAUGUUCACUCAGACUCCGGUCUGUGAGUCUCUGAUCAGACACGUUCACUCAGACUCCGGUCUGUGAGUCUCUGAUCAGACACGUUCACUCAUACUCCGGUCUGUGAGUCUCUGAUCAGACUCAGACUCCGGUCUGUCAGAGUGACUGUGAUGGUGAUUCUCCCACAGUGGGGUGGUGCUCGUCCAGAGGCCUGUGAAGGUGCAGUGGGUCAGUGAAUGCAGCAGAAUGAGUGGAGCUGCUGGAAACAAACAGAGCCUCUUAAUGGUUAUUAAUAAAGCUCUGUGUUAUUAAUAAAGCUCUGUUAUUAAUAAAGAUCACUGUUAUUAAUAAAGAUCUCUGUUAUUAAUA